AUGCCCAACCCCUACGGCUACCCCGGCUACGGGUACCCGGGCUACACCCAGCCCGCCGGCGCCUACCCGCCCCAGGCCGGCCAGACCUACGGCGCGCCCAAGUACCCCCAGCAGGCCGCCUACGGCCAGCAGGCUGCCUACGGGCUCAACUACGAGGAGGCGGGCGCCUCUGCUGCCGGCGGCUACACCGGCGGCAACAAGGCCGACAAGGAGAGCCUGUACAACGCGCAGGCCCAGGGCCAGCAGGCGUACAGCCAGCAGGGCUACGGCCAGCAGGGCUACGGCCAGCAGGGCUACGGCCAGGCCGGCUACGGCCAGCAGGGCUACGGCCAGUACUACAACCAGCAGGGCGGGAACCAGGGCCUCAACUUCAAGCAGUGA